CGACAUUAUUGUAUCAUGAGCCGACAUCAUCAACCCACGCACGCGUUCCUACUCGACGCCAUCCACCACGCCGCUCCGACCUCAUGCCUAACCUUGCUCGUCGGUACUCUCAUAUCCAGCGCUCGGUCGCGCCAACUCAAACUGCCGCCUGCGAUCGUUGUCGCUGCGGGGGUCGGCUGCGGCGUGUUUCGAUUCCUCCAUCGACUCGAGCAUCGCCGCCUGGCUGCGAUCAUGGGGUCCAUGGCGUUCUUUCGUCUGUGCAGUUACAACCACAAGCACAUCGUGUUGUCGUACGCGGCCGUCGAAGCCAUCUCCACGUACUACCUCACGCACUUCACCCGCCAGUACUGGCUCGAGAAAGCCACGGGCGUCCUCGUCACGUCGCGACUCAUGUACACGUUUCUGUUCCAUUCCGACUGGCUUCUUCCGUCGCAGCUCCGCAUGCUGGACUUCCAGUCCGGCUUGUCCCCCGCCCGCCGCGCAUCCCUCCGAGCCAACCUCCACGACACGACCGUCACUCGAUGUGCGAUGCUGCAUCCACACACGUCGUCCUGUGGCGCCUUCGCCAUGCAAUCAGCUGGUCGUCUAGCAUUGCGCAGCGUGCAAAUCUUUGUGCCGCUGCACUUGCUGUCUAUGCUGGCAUCGCUCGCCGGGCCAAAGAAGCGCCGCCCCAACUUGUCCACGGUGGCCUCGGGCUUGUUGCGAUCGGUGAUGUUUUUGACCACCAACUACCUGUUUCCGUACAUGUUGUCGUGCCAGCUGCCCCAAACGCAUCACAAAGUGAUGCUAGGAAUGGCGACGUUGGCGCCGUCGUUGGCGCAGCGGUUUGAGUCUGGCAAACGCCGACAGGCCAUUCUGAAAGCGGUUACUUGCUACAGCCUCAUUACCGUCGUGUAUCAAGUGAAACAUAGUGCUAUCCAAAAAGAAGGACGACACAAGCUGCUGGCGUUGUGGGGCCGCCGGCAAGAGUAUGCCAUGUGGACGAUCUUGUAUGCUGGCUUGAUGGUGUACUUGCUACAGCGACCGAUGCACACCCAUAACCAGUGGCUCGUACAAUACCUUGGUCUGACAACCGUACAAGGGAAGCCGUCCCAACGCCAAGCCCCGACACUUCUGCUGAUGAGCAUUUGCGGCUAGAACAUUGAAGUAGCCAGGCCAAUACGGUACUUGAAACGUUUUCCAGGUGAAG